AUGUUUCUUGAAAACUGGAAGCGGCUACAGAUGAGACUAGGCUACUUCUGGGACCUGACUGGCAUAGAAGAAGAAGAAGAACACUCCCGGCCAGAGUAUGAAACUAAAGUUCGAGAAAAGAUGCUGAAAGAGAAUAAGUCCCUUGUCCAAAAAAUGGAAACAGAUAAAACUGAGAGUGAUGACGAGGAUGAUGAUGACAAGUUGACUUGGAAAGACCGUUUCCCUGGGUAUUUGAUGAACUUUGCUUCAAUCAUGUUUAUGAUUGCACUGACAUUCUCCAUUGUCUUUGGAGUGAUUGUAUACCGAAUUACAACCGCAGCUGCCCUAUCUCUCAACAAAGCUACACGUUCCAACGUCCGGGCAACAGUGACAGCAACGGCAGUCAUCAUCAAUCUGGUGGUCAUCCUUAUCUUGGAUGAGAUCUACGGUGCUGUAGCCAAAUGGCUCACCAAAAUCGAGGUACCGAAAACAGAACAGACCUUCGAGGAGCGGCUGAUCCUCAAAGCUUUCCUGCUGAAGUUCGUUAAUGCCUAUUCCCCAAUUUUCUACGUGGCCUUUUUCAAAGGGAGGUUUGUUGGCAGACCUGGGAGUUAUGUCUAUGUGUUUGAUGGUUACCGAAUGGAAGAGUGUGCUCCAGGGGGCUGCCUUAUGGAGCUCUGCAUUCAACUCAGCAUCAUCAUGUUGGGGAAACAGCUCAUCCAGAACAACAUCUUUGAGAUUGGUGUUCCAAAACUCAAGAAACUAUUUCGAAAGCUGAAGGAUGAGACAGAACCUGGAGAAACUGACUCUACACAAUCAAAGCACCCUGAGCAGUGGGACCUGGAUUAUAGCUUGGAGCCAUAUACUGGACUAACUCCUGAAUAUAUGGAAAUGAUUAUCCAAUUUGGAUUUGUCACCCUAUUUGUGGCCUCCUUUCCUCUGGCUCCAGUGUUUGCCCUCCUCAAUAAUGUUAUUGAAGUCAGGCUUGAUGCAAAGAAGUUUGUUACAGAGCUGAGACGUCCUGAUGCUGUGAGAACCAAAGAUAUAGGAAUUUGGUUUGACAUACUUUCAGGGAUUGGAAAGUUCUCUGUUAUUAUCAAUGCCUUUGUCAUUGCUGUCACCUCUGACUUCAUUCCCCGCCUUGUGUACCAGUACUCCUAUAGUCACAAUGGAACCCUUCAUGGCUUCAUCAACCAUACUCUGUCCUAUUUCAAUGUCAGCCAGCUGAAGGAAGGGACACAGCCAGAGAACUCACAGUUUGACCAGGAAGUUCUGUUCUGCAGAUUUAAGGAUUACCGAGAGCCACCGUGGGCCCCAAACCAAUACGAAUUUUCAAAACAGUACUGGUCUGUCUUGUCUGCCCGCUUGGCUUUUGUCAUCAUCUUUCAGAAUCUUGUGAUGUUCCUCAGUGUCCUUGUGGACUGGAUGAUCCCAGACAUCCCUAAGGACAUCAGUGACCAGAUCAAAAAAGAGAAGAGCCUGCUGGUAGACUUCUUCCUGAAGGAGGAGCAUGAGAAACUGAAGGUGAUGGACUCUGUCCAGAGGAACCAGAGCAGGGAAGAGCGCAGUAGCCACAAAAGCCAAGCUACCAGUUUCCACCACUCCAGCCGGAGUCAAAGGGGCAGUUACUCAUCAUCUGCCUCCCAGCACACUAAUGUGUGAUGCUUAGAGGAUCGUGAAAGUUACAAGAAAGAGAGGAAACUUGAGAGGAAAAAGGAGAGACAAAUAUGCUGCUGCUUCUCAGGAACACGAAGCUUAGAUUUCUUUCAGACCCUCUUGGGACGGGUACCAUUUUUAAAAUAUUCAGUCUUACAGCAAUGAUCUCCCCCACUGGGGCCCAGAGUUCUAAGAUAAUAGGAGCCUUCCGCCUCCCCCCCCCCCACUCCUCUCUCAGAUACCAAUACUUUUUGCUUAGCUGGAGCCCAGAAGAAAAUGGGACAUGAAAGAAGACCAGUAAAAGCUUUAUGCUACCCCUGAUAACACUGCUCACUCCUCCCCCCCUUUUCUUAAUCCUCACCCUAAGCCUUUUCCCUUAGAAAGACACUGUCUUUCCUUGUCUCCCCCUCAUCUACUGCAAUGUUAUGGGUCUUACUGUUACAGGUAACCUAGACAUGUGGAGGUGAGAGUGCAAACCAUUUAAUUAAGAUUAUCCAAAUUGUAUGCUAAACCAUCAUUUUAUUAUGGUACAGGUUGAAAACAAUAAAAGUCUUCAUAAAAGAUGUAUUUAUGUUUUUUUCUGUACCUGUUUCCUUCACA